AGAAACCAUUUUAGGUAGGAUUAAUGAUGCAUUCAAUAUAGUUACAGAAGAAGAUUGUAAAGGGUGGAUAAGGCAUACUUCUUCAUAUUUUCAACGUUGCUUAAAUUGUGAGAAUAUUGAU